AUGGUACCUAUGGCUUCAUAUUCGUCAGCCGGCUCAGACGCCUCCACCCCACGCUCCUUGUCUCCCUCGUCGGCCGCUGCGUCGACCCGCACCCACAGCACUAUAUCUAGCAAGCGCCUCUCGCUCUCGUCCACCCGUCGCAUGUCCUCCCUGAACCCCAUGUCAUCCGUCGACAUUUCUGCCAUUCAAGAAUCCCUUAAGAUGGCCUCCCUCGACCACCACCGUGGCUACGUCCAGACCAAGUACUGCGAAGUCAAGCAGGAUCAGAUGACUGAAUACAUUCCCGAAGACAAGGCCGGCGGCUACCAGGUGCUGCGCGAGGCGCACUGGAACAAAGGUCUCUCUUUCACACCGGAAGAGCGCCUGGCCAAGAACUUGACCGGCCUCGUCCCCCAUACGAUGGAGAGCAUAGACAUGCAAGUCGAGCGUGCGCUCAAGAUGAUCCGGUCGCGGCCGACAGACGUGGACAAGUACCUGUACCUGUCCCACCUCAAGGGCGAGAACGUCGACCUGUUCUAUCGCGUGCUCAUCGACAACGCCGGCGAGAUGAUGCCGCUCGUCUACACACCGACCAUCGGCGACGUCUGCUUGCAGUACUCCACCCUCUACACCCGCCCCGAGGCGCUCUACAUCAACAUCAAGCAGCGCAAGAGCAUUCGGACCAUCCUGCGCAACUGGCCGUACCCGGAUCCCGACAUGUGUGUCGUCACUGACGGCUCGCGCAUUCUCGGCCUCGGCGAUCUCGGUCUCAACGGUGUCGGCAUUCCGAUCGGAAAGCUGGCUCUCUACACGGGCGCUGCAGGCAUUCUGCCGCACAAGACGCUUCCCAUCGUACUUGACUGUGGCACUGCCAACGAGGAAAACCUCAAGGACCCGCUGUACCUGGGCAUGCGCUCCAAGCGUGUCCCCGUCUCGGAGCAGGAGGAGUUCAUGGACGAGUUCAUGGAAGCUUGCGCCGACGUGUACCCGAACAUGUUUGUGCAGUUUGAGGAUUUCGAGAGCGAAAAGGCAUUCAAGUAUCUUGCAAAGUACCGCGAAACAUACCGGUGUUUCAACGACGACAUCCAGGGCACAGGUGCCGUGGUGCUGGCUGGGUACAUGGGAGCCGUGGGCCUGUCUGGCGUGCCGAUCGACGACCAGCGGCUUGUGUUCAUGGGCGCUGGAUCGGCCGGUGUCGGUGUAGCCAAGCAGCUUGUGGAGUACUACGUGCGUCACGGUCUGACGGAGGAGGCUGCACGCGACAAGUUCUGGCUGGUGGACACCAAGGGCCUGGUGACCAGUGACCGUGGCGAUCGGUUGGCAGAGCACAAGAAGUACUUUGCGCGCACGGACAACCACGGACAUCAGUUCAAGACGCUGGAGGAGGUGAUUGAGUACGUCAAGCCGUCGGCGCUGGUGGGCCUGACAGCCACGUACGGCAUCUUCACCGAGUCGGCGGUGCGCGCGCUCAAGGCGUCGGUUGAGGCUGGCGGUGUGGGACGGCGGCCGAUCCUGUUCCCGCUUAGCAACCCGCUGACGAAGGCGGAGUGCACGUUUGAGCAGGCGGUGGACUGGACGGACGGCACGGUGAUCUUCGCAUCGGGCUCGCCGUUUGCGCCAUACACGACCAACGUGGCCAGCAACGGGACCAAUGGGACCGAUCAGACCGGCAGCGUGACGUACUACCCAAAUCAGGGCAACAACGUGUACAUCUUCCCGGGCCUGGGCCUGGGCGCGAUCCUGGCCAAGGCGAAGCGCAUCACGGACGACAUGGUGUACACGUCGGCAGACUCGCUGGCCCAUUCGCUCAGCGCGGAUGAGGUGGAGCAGGGCCUGAUCUACCCGCGCAUUGAGCGGGUGCGUGAGGCCAGUCUGGUGGUGGCGCGCGAGGUCAUGAAGGCGGCCCGCCGCGACAACGUCAGCGCGCUGCCAGAAGAGCAGUGGAUUGAGUGGGAGGAAUGGGGCGAUGUUGCGCUGGACAAGUUCAUCAAAGCGAGUGUGUAUGAUCCGCGCACAUGA